GAUUUCGGGCAGCUGGGCGCCUUACGGUAGGCCGAGGUUUGCAGCGCAAGCGCGCAGGGCGGCGGAAGUGCUGUCGUUUCUCCGUCUCCUGAGCCGUUGUCGUUUCUCCCUCUCCUGAGCCGCUGUCGCCGAGGUUGUAGCACACUGCCCCGGAAGUCUUCCCCCUGCCCCCGCCCGCUGCAAACAUGGCGGUGGACUCGGCGAUGGAGCUGCUAUUUUUAGAUACUUUUAAGCACCCGAGCGCUGAGCAAAGCUCUCAUAUAGAUGUGGUUCGUUUUCCAUGUGUGGUUUACAUUAAUGAAGUCCGCGUCAUACCUCCAGGAGUAAGAGCCCACAGCAGCCUGCCUGACAGUAGAGCGUAUGGGGAGACUUCUCCGCAUACAUUUCAGUUAGAUUUAUUCUUCAACAAUGUAAGCAAACCAAGUGCCCCAGUUUUCGAUAGGUUGGGAAGCCUGGAGUAUGAUGAGAAUACUUCCAUCAUCUUUAGACCCAACUCAAAGGUGAAUACCGAUGGUUUGGUGCUAAGAGGCUGGUAUAACUGUCUGACACUGGCAAUAUAUGGAUCGGUUGAUAGAGUGAUAAGUCACGAUAGAGACUCUCCACCACCACCACCUCCACCUCCACCUCCUCCCCAGCCACAGCCAAAUUUGAAAAGGAAUCCAAAACAUGCUGAUGGAGAGAAAGAAGAUCAGUUUAAUGGAAGUCCCCCAAGGCCACAGCCAAGGGGACCAAGGACUCCUCCAGGACCCCCUCCACCUGAUGAUGAUGAAGACGACCCCAUUCCUGUGUCAGUGUCAGGUGACACAGAAGAGGAUGCUGCUCAUAGAGAAGACUACUUUGAGCCAAUUUCUCCUGAUGGGAAUUCUGUUCCCCAGGAAGGUCAGUAUUCUGAUGAAGGAGAAGUGGAAGAGGAACAGCAAGAAGAAGGAGAAGAUGAUGAAGAUGAUGUGGAUGUAGAGGAAGAGGAAGAUGAGGAUGAGGAUGAUCGUCAUACAGUAGACAGUGUCCCUGAGGAGGAAGAGGAGGAUGAAGAGGAAGAAGGUGAAGAGGAUGAAGAAGGUGAAGGGGAUGAUGGUUAUGAACAAAUUUCCAGUGAUGAAGAUGGAAUUGCUGACUUGGAACGUGAAACAUUUAAGUAUCCGAACUUUGAUGUUGAAUACACUGCUGAAGAUUUAGCUUCAGUUCCUCCUAUGACAUAUGAUCCAUAUGACAGAGAACUUGUACCACUUUUAUACUUCAGCUGUCCAUACAAGACUACUUUUGAAAUUGAAGUCAGUAGAAUGAAGGAUCAAGGUCCAGAUAAAGAAAAUUCAGGGGCAAUAGAGGCCUCAGUGAAGUUAACUGAAUUGUUAGAUUUGUAUCGAGAAGAUAGAGGUGCAAAAUGGGUAACAGCUUUAGAAGAAAUUCCAAGUUUAAUAAUAAAGGGAUUAAGUUAUUUGCAAUUGAAAAACACAAAACAAGACUCUCUUGGCCAGCUGAUAGACUGGACUAUGCAAGCAUUAAAUUUACAAGUUGCCCUUCGCCAACCCAUUGCCUUAAAUGUCCGACAGCUCAAAGCUGGGACCAAAUUAGUCUCCUCACUGGCAGAAUGUGGGGCUCAAGGAGUCGUGGGACUGCUACAAGCAGGAGUGAUCAGUGGACUAUUUGAGCUCCUGUUUGCUGAUCAUGUCUCAUCUUCCCUUAAGUUAAAUGCUUUUAAAGCUUUGGACAGUGUCAUUAGUAUGACAGAAGGAAUGGAAGCUUUUUUAAGAGGUAGGCAGAAUGAAAAAAGUGGCUAUCAAAAACUUUUGGAGCUCAUACUUCUAGAUCAGACUGUGAGAGUUGUCACUGCUGGUUCAGCUAUCCUUCAGAAAUGCCAUUUCUAUGAAAUCUUGUCAGAAAUUAAAAGACUUGGUGACCAUUUAGCAGAGAAGACGUCAUCUGUUCCUAAUCACGGUGAACCUGAUCAUGACACAGAUACCGGACUUGAGAGAACAAACCCAGAAUAUGAAAAUGAGGUGGAGGCCUCCAUGGAUAUAGAUCUUUUGGAAUCCUCAAAUAUAAGUGAAGGGGAAAUUGAAAAGCUGAUUAACCUCCUAGAAGAAGUUUUUCAUUUAAUGGAAACUGCACCUCAUACGAUGGUCCAACCUCCUGUUAAGUCUUUCCCAACAAUGGCACGUAUUACUGGACCUCCAGAGAGGGAUGACCCAUACCCUGUUCUCUUCAGGUAUCUUCACAGUCAUCACUUCCUGGAGUUGGUUACCUUGCUUCUGUCAAUUCCUGUAACAAGUGCUCAUCCUGGUGUGCUGCAAGCCACAAAAGAUGUUUUAAAGUUUCUCGCACAAUCACAGAAAGGUCUUCUUUUUUUUAUGUCAGAAUAUGAAGCAACAAAUUUGUUGAUCAGAGCUCUAUGUCACCUUUAUGAUCAAGAUGAAGACGAAGGUCUCCAGUCUGAUGGUAUUAUCGAUGAUGCAUUUGCCUUGUGGCUACAGGAUUCAACACAAACGUUGCAGUGUAUUACAGAACUGUUCACCCAUCUUCAGCGUUGUACAGCCAGUGAAGAAACUGACCAUUCCGAUCUCUUGGGAACCCUUCACAAUCUUUACUUGAUUACUUUUAAUCCUGUGGGAAGAUCAGCUGUUGGCCAUGUUUUCAGUCUUGAGAAAAAUCUCCAAAGUCUUAUUACUCUAAUGGAGUACUAUUCCAAAGAAGCCUUAGGUGACUCCAAGUCUAAGAAGUCAGUGGCUUAUAAUUAUGCAUGCAUACUUAUUUUGGUGGUGGUUCAGUCUUCCAGUGAUGUCCAAAUGCUAGAACAACAUGCAGCAUCUCUCUUGAAGCUUUGUAAAGCAGAUGAAAAUAAUGCUAAAUUGCAAGAACUUGGCAAGUGGCUUGAACCUCUGAAAAACCUUAGAUUUGAAAUUAACUGCAUACCAAACCUAAUUGAGUAUGUUAAACAGAAUAUUGAUAACUUGAUGACCCCAGAAGGAGUUGGUCUUACCACUGCACUACGUGUUCUCUGUAAUGUGGCAUGCCCACCACCUCCUGUUGAAGGUCAGCAGAAAGACCUGAAAUGGAAUCUUGCUGUAAUUCAGCUUUUUUCUGCUGAAGGAAUGGACACCUUUAUUCGGGUUCUGCAAAAAUUGAACAGUAUUCUGACUCAGCCGUGGAGGCUCCAUGUCAACAUGGGGACUACUCUUCACAGAGUUACUACUAUUUCAAUGGCUCGCUGCACACUCACUCUUCUUAAAACUAUGUUAACGGAACUCCUGAGAGGUGGAUCCUUUGAGUUUAAGGACAUGCGUGUUCCCUCAGCACUUGUUACUUUACACAUGCUCCUGUGCUCUAUCCCCCUCUCAGGUCGUUUGGAUAGUGAUGAACAGAAAAUUCAGAAUGAUAUCAUUGAUAUCUUACUGACUUUUACACAAGGAGUUAAUGAAAAACUCACAAUCUCAGAAGAGACUCUGGCCAAUAAUACUUGGUCUUUAAUGUUAAAAGAAGUUCUUUCUUCAAUCUUGAAGGUUCCUGAAGGAUUUUUUUCUGGACUUAUACUCCUUUCAGAGCUGCUGCCUCUUCCAUUGCCCAUGCAAACAACUCAGGUUAUUGAGCCACAUGAUAUAUCAGUGGCGCUCAACACUCGAAAAUUGUGGAGCAUGCACCUUCAUGUUCAAGCAAAGUUGCUCCAAGAAAUAGUUCGCUCUUUCUCUGGCACAACCUGCCAGCCCAUUCAACAUAUGUUACGGCGUAUUUGUGUUCAAUUGUGUGACCUUGCCUCACCAACUGCACUUCUGAUUAUGAGAACUGUGUUGGAUUUGAUUGUAGAAGACUUGCAAAGCACUUCAGAAGAUAAAGAAAAACAGUAUUCUAGCCAAACCGCCAGGUUGCUUGCUCUUCUUGAUGCUCUGGCUUCACACAAAGCUUGUAAAUUAGCUAUUUUGCAUCUAAUUAAUGGAACUAUUAAAGGUGAUGAAAGAUAUGCAGAGAUAUUUCAAGACCUGUUAGCUUUGGUGCGGUCUCCUGGAGAUAGUGUUAUUCGCCAACAGUGUGUUGAAUAUAUCACAUCCAUUUUGCAGUCUCUCUGUGAUCAGGACAUUGCACUUAUUUUGCCAAGCUCUUCUGAAGGUUCAAUUUCUGAACUGGAGCAGCUUUCCAAUUCUCUACCAAACAAGGAAUUGAUGGCCUCAAUCUGUGACUGUCUACUGGCCACACUAGCUAACCCUGAGAGCAGCUACAGCUGUCUACUGACAUGUGUCAGAACAAUGAUGUUUCUUGCAGAGCAUGAUUAUGGAUUGUUCCAUUUAAAAAGUUCUUUAAGGAAAAACAGUAGCGCUCUGCAUAGUUUACUGAAACGAGUGGUCAGCACAUUUAGUAAGGACACAGGAGAACUUGCAUCUUCGUUCUUGGAGUUUAUGAGACAAAUUCUAAACUCUGACACGAUGGGAUGUUGUGGAGAUGAUAGUGGUCUCAUGGAAGUAGAGGGAGCUCAUCCAUCACGGACAAUGAGUAUUAAUGCUGCAGAGUUAAAACAGCUUCUACAAAGCAAAGAAGAAAGUCCAGAAAAUUUGUUCCUUGAACUAGAGAAGCUUGUUUUGGAACAUUCAAAAGAUGACGACAAUCUGGAUUCUUUGUUGGACAAUAUAGUCGGACUUAAGCAGAUGCUGGAAUCAUCAGGUGAUCCUUUACCGCUCAGUGACCAGGAUGUAGAACCAGUACUUUCAGCUCCAGAAUCUCUCCAGAAUCUGUUUAACAAUAGGACUGCAUAUGUGCUAGCCGAUGUCAUGGAUGAUCAGUUGAAAUCUAUGUGGUUCACUCCAUUCCAGGCUGAAGAGAUUGAUACGGAUCUGGAUUUGGUAAAGGUUGACUUAAUUGAGCUCUCUGAAAAGUGCUGUAGUGAUUUUGACUUACACUCAGAAUUAGAGCGUUCAUUUUUGUCAGAACCAUCGUCUCCAGGGAGAACCAAGACUACCAAAGGAUUCAAACUUGGGAAGCACAAGCAUGAAACCUUUAUAACUUCAAGUGGAAAAUCUGAAUACAUUGAACCUGCCAAAAGAGCCCAUGUCGUGCCACCACCAAGAGGAAGAGGCAGGGGAGGAUUUGGACAGGGUAUACGACCCCACGAUAUUUUUCGUCAGAGGAAACAGAACACAAGUAGACCACCAUCUAUGCAUGUGGAUGACUUUGUUGCAGCCGAAAGUAAAGAAGUGGUCCCUCAAGAUGGAAUACCGCCACCAAAACGGCCACUCAAAGUAUCACAGAAGAUUUCUUCUCGUGGUGGAUUUUCGGGCAAUCGAGGAGGACGUGGUGCUUUUCACAGUCAGAAUAGAUUUUUCACACCACCUGCUUCAAAAGGAAACUACAGUCGUCGAGAGGGGACACGAGGCUCCAGUUGGAGUGCUCAGAAUACUCCUCGAGGAACUUACAAUGAUAGUCGUGGAGGCCAGAGCAAUUUUAACAGGGGUCCUCUUCCACCAUUAAGACCACUUAGUUCUACAGGAUAUCGCCCAAGUCCUCGUGACCGUGCUUCCAGAGGUCGUGGGGGACUUGGACCUUCCUGGGCAAGUGCAAAUAGCGGCAGUGGAGGCUCAAGAGGAAAGUUUGUUAGUGGAGGCAGUGGUAGAGGUCGUCACGUACGGUCCUUUACACGAUAAAAAUUCUUUUGGGAACAUCCUAAAUGUAUAUGAACAUUUCACAAGGACAUUAAAAAUAAAGACAUCGAAGGACCAAUUUAGACUUAGCAGUUAUCUGAAGACAUUUGAGAGAAUAUUUUUAUCUAAAGAAAGCAGAUUUUGUUUGAUACCUAAUACAAGAUUUCAAUAAAAAUCCAGACUUUUUACGUAUGUUUGUAUAUAUUUUUUCCCCUUCUUGUAUGAUUACUUAUUUAAGAAAUUCCUUAGGUAGGAAGUGAAAAACUAAAUGAUCUUUGUUUUAGUGUAUUUCUUGAUUAUACCACAGAGGUUCCCAAAGUUUCUCGGCUUAUGGAGCCCUUUAGGGUCUCAGUAAUUUUUACACUGCACACCUAGGCCAAAAGAUAUAUCUAAUACUUCUGUUUAAUAAGCAGUUUCAUCCAAACAAUAAGAAUUUAUGUCUUAACAGCUUAGCCAGUUGGAAAAGUAAUACACAUAAAUUAAAAGAACAAUUAAAUUUGUAUUUCCUUCUUACAUAACCGCUGGUAAUUGUGGACACUUCAUAACGUCUCAAACCUUGGAAUCAACAUUGGAAACUGUCAGUCUCAUUUCCUGUUACACCUUGAUUUUUGUACAGAAACCCAGCUUUGCAAAGAUAAGCUGUCAUGGAAAGGAAUAUAAUGCUGUUUAAUAUUGAAAAUAUGAACUACCUUGAGCUAGUAGUUUGAUGAUGUCCAACAGAUGUUUCCAUGUUUCCCUUAAAAAUAUCCUGUGGCACCCAUGUGAAUUUACUGGACUGCCCUGGUGCACAGUUAGGGAACAAUGACUAUACUGAAAGAAACAUGACACUUUUCUCCUUUAAGUUAGAAAUAUUUAUUUACUUUGUGUCACAGAUUUAGAUCUACUUAUACUAUUUAAUUAAAGCCUAAAAUGAGGCAUAUCCUAAUGCUGUUGUUUUAGGAAUCAGAAACAUCUAAUAAAAUCUAGACUUCUCUAUGUAGAAGUAAAGCUACUAACUGUCAAAAUAGCUGUGUUCUCCAUAAAGGGCAUUUUAACACACUGAGCCUGUAUAAUUGGCAUAAAAUACAGAGUUAUCAUAAGCAAAAAUGCAAUGUAUGAGUCUCAUUCUGCCCCUUUAUCAGUCUAUUUUGAGGAACUAUUUGUGAGUAAAUAGGAAGUUUGUUUUUAGGAAAACACCUUAAAGAAAACCUCAGUUCUUUUCCCCUGGAUAAAAAUUGACUAAGUUGGCUAAAGCUUUUGAUGUUUAAGUGAAAGGUAAAUGGAAAUAUUUUUAUAACUGCUGGCCUUGCAAAACCCAAGAUAAACCCCUUUCAAUCUUGAAAGCUAGUAGGGUCUUCCUCAAAGAUAUGUUUUUCAGAAAUAAGACAAGGAUGCCCUUUAUCACCACUGCUUUUUAACAUUGUGCUGGAAGUCCUAGCUAGAGCAGUAAGGCAAGAAAAAGAAAUAAAGGGCACACAAAUUGGUAAGAAGAAGUAAAACUAUCCCUAUUUGCAGAUGAUAUGAUACCAUACCUAGAGAACCCAAAAGACUCCACAAGAAAACCACUGGAACUAAUAGAUUCAGUAGAGUAGCAGGAUACAAGACCAACAUACAAAAAUCAGUUGGAUUCCUCUAUACCAACAAAGAGAACAUUGAAGAGGAAAUCACCAAUCAAUACCAUUUAUAGUAGCCCCCAAGAAGAUAAAAUACUUAGGAAUAAAUCUAACCAGGGAUGUAAAAGACUUGUACAAAGAAAACUACAAAACACUACUGCAAGAAACCAAAAGAGACCUACAUAAAUAGAAAAACAUACCAUGCUCAUGGAUAGGAAGACUGAGCAUUUUAAAAACAUCAGUUCUGCUCAAAGGUAUCUACAGAUAUAAUGCAAUCCCGAUCUAAAUACCAACAGCGUUCUUUAACAAGAUGUAAAAACUCAUCAUUAACUUAUAUGGAAGGGAAAGAGGUCCCCAGUAAAUAAUGCAUUAUUGAAGAAGAAGAACAAAGUAGAAGGCCUCACACUACCUGAUAUUGGAACCUACUGUACAGUCACAGUAGGAAAAACAGCUUGGUGCUGGUAUGACAGACACAGACCAAUGAAACAGAAUAGAGAACCCAGGUAUAAAUCCAACUAUGGUCAGCUGACCUUUGACAAAGGCCCAGAGUCCAUUAAAUGGGGAAAACACAGUCUCUUUAACAAAUGGUGUUGGCAAAACUGGAUGACCGUUAGUAAAAAAAAAAAAAAAAAACCCAUACC